GUCGCGGGAUCGAUUCCUGCGGGCCAUACAAAUGAGUGGUGAUGCCAACACGUCUAGUGGGGGAUGACCUCGAAAUUUGUCUCCUCCAUGAAUAUGACAUGCUAUGUUGGUCUAUCUCUGAUUAUGCUGUCCGGAUGUGUUCGAAAGUGCUGAGUAGGAGCAAUUUUAAGAGACCAGAUUUCUUCUUUCAUAUAUUUUGUAUGAUGUAUGGAUAUGCUGUUAGCUUCUGCAAGUCUUCUCCUCUGCUAAGCUCAGAGCCCGCGACUUUCUAUUGUAAAACCAUUUUGUAGUUUAUUUAUAUACAUGUAACUUUCCCAUAAGAACGAAAAUGGCAUCAAUGGAGAUUGAAACGUGCGGGAGCGGCAGCACCAAAGGGCGUAUGUGGUCUCUUGAUCAGCGAAUCGACCAGCCCAUUAACGACCUGGAGGCCAGACAUGUCAGAGCUAUGGAUACCAAGACGGAGCUAUCAUAUUUAAUGAUUCUGCGUCUUGCAUUUCAAAGUCUUGGGGUUGUUUAUGGAGACCUGGGUACAUCCCCACUAUAUGUUUAUAACAGCAUAUUUCCAAAUGGCUUUGAUGAUGGUGAAGAUGUGAUAGGAGCUCUGUCAUUAAUCAUAUAUACAUUAACCUUAAUUCCUUUGGUCAAAUAUGUCUUUGUGGUCAUGAGGGCUAAUGACAAUGGAGAAGGUGGAACAUUUGCUCUAUAUUCACUACUUUGCAGGCAUGCUAAAGUAAAAACUAUUCCUAAUCAACACCGAACAGAUGAAGAUCUUACAACCUACAGCCGACAAAAAAUAGAAGAUAAAUCUUUUGCAGCACGAACAAAAAAAUGGCUGGAAGGCAAACUCUACCGCCGAAAUGCACUCCUUAUUCUUGUUCUUGUUGGCACCUGCAUGGUUAUUGGUGAUGGGAUAUUUACUCCCGCUAUAUCAGUCCUUUCUUCUGUUGGUGGUAUCAAGGUAGAUCAUCCUAACAUGAACAAUGAUGUAGUGGUGGUUGUUGCAUUGGUCAUCUUGGUUGGUCUUUUUAGUUUGCAACACUAUGGUACAGACAAAGUUGGAUGGUUAUUUGCACCAGCAGUUCUCCUUUGGUUCCUGUCCAUUGGAAGUAUUGGAGCUUAUAAUAUUUGUAAGCAUGAUACACGAGUCUUAAAAGCUUUCUCUCCUCUCCAUAUAGUGCGCUACUUUAGAAGGGGAAAAAAACAGAGCUGGGUUUCUCUGGGAGGGAUUAUGCUCAGCAUAACAGGUACAGAAGCACUCUUCGCUGAUUUGGGCCAUUUCUCAACCAUAGCUGUUCAGAUUGCAUUCACUUCAGUUGUAUUCCCUUGCCUGUUAUUGCAAUACAUGGGACAAGCUGCAUAUCUUAUAAAGAAUCCACAAGAUUAUAGAGAAGCCUUUUAUAGAUCGAUUCCAGAUGCAGUUUAUUGGCCGGUGUUCAUCAUUGCAACUGCAGCUGCCAUUAUUGCUAGUCAGGCAACAAUAUCUGCAACUUUUUCAAUUAUCAAGCAGUCACUUGCACUUGGUUGUUUCCCAAGGGUAAAGGUGGUUCACACAUCAAAAGAUUUCUCUGGACAAAUUUACAUUCCUGAAAUCAAUUGGAUUCUUAUGGUUCUCUGCAUCAUAGUUACUGCGGGCUUCAAUAACACAACUCAAAUUGGAAAUGCAUAUGGUACUGCAGUUGUAGGUGUUAUGCUGGUGACAACAAUUUUGAUGGCGCUUAUCAUGUUAAUUGUGUGGCGCAGUAACUGGCUGCUAGUGUUCAUAUUUUGUGGGUUCUUCUUGUUUGUGGAGCUUGUAUACUUCUCAGCUGUCUUAUUCAAAGUGGACCAAGGAGGUUGGGCUCCACUUGUGAUUGCAUUUGUAUUCCUCAUAAUCAUGUAUGUCUGGCAUUAUGGUACACUGAAAAGAUACGAAUUUGAAAUGGAGAGCAAGGUUUCUAUGGCAUGGAUUCUGGGUUUAGGCCCGAGUCUUGGUUUGGUUAGAGUUCCAGGGGUUGGCCUUGUAUAUACAGAGCUUGCAAAUGGAGUGCCUCACAUCUUCUCCCAUUUUGUUACUCAUCUUCCUGCAAUACACUCUGUGGUUGUAUUUGUAUGUGUGAAGUAUCUGCCAGUAAAUACUGUUCCUCAAGAAGAACGUUUCCUUGUAAGGCGCAUUGGCCCCACUGAUUUCCACAUGUUUAGAUGCAUUGCAAGGUAUGGUUACAAAGAUCUGCAUAAGAAAGAUGACAACUUUGAAAAAAUGCUCUUGGAUGCCCUGUCCCAAUUUAUCAGGAACGAGUCGCUGAUGGACAGUUUCUCAGAUUCUGAGGAGUACACCCUUGGGUCACAGCAGCAGUCUCAAAAUGCUCCUAGUCUCUGCAUAGCAAAUGGAAAUUCAAUCUCUUUAGGCAUGGUAUCAGCAGAUUCAUCUAAUGAUUCAAUUAUCUCUGAAAGAUCUUCUCCACAACAACAACCAGGUUACCGUGUUAGCUAUAGUGCUCCUCAACAUCCAACAUACAGAGAUGAAUUGCAAUUUUUAGCAGAGUGCAGGGAUGCUGGGGUGGUACAUAUCCUUGGAAAUACUGUUGUAAGAGCAAGGAGGGAAUCUAGUCUCAUUAAGAAAGUUGCAGUUGAUUAUAUCUAUGCUUUCCUUAGAAGGAUAUGCAGGGAAAAUAGUGUCAUUUUUAAUAUUCCUCAUGAAAGCCUUUUAAAUGUAGGCCAAGUCUUUUAUGUGUAAGGAAGACUGGGUGAGCGUUGAAAUAAGUUGAGUAAGAUGUACAGUAAGCGUCUCCUAAUGCAUGCAGAAUAAGUAGCAAAGCCUGCUAUCUUUUGUACUAUAUUGCUAGUUACUAAUGCAUAUCCUUAUUCUGCAUCUGAUUGAAUCCUUUCAGUUGGAAAGUUAAUUACUGAAUAUUUUUUAGCAUUCACAGAAUAAGUGCCUGUUGUUUCAAUAUGUGGGACCAAAUCUACAAUAAUAGUCAAGUGGCAGGGGAUUCAGAAGUGCUGACACCUAAAAAGCAACGAGACCAGGUGCAAGACCGAUGGGAUGGGAUCUUGGUGUAAGCAUCACCCCUUAGAGCUUGGCAGUUUAACUGGGGAGGCCAGUCAUUUGUGCUAUGUGGAAAAGGCAAACAUGGUUUAUUUCAAACUUUUGCAAAUUUGUACAAUUUAUUACAGAUAUAUGUAUAUGUAGUAUGUACAUAUGGGAAGUGAAAUCGAUUGUUUUAAUGUGGAACUAAUUGUUAAAAUUAGUCUCAGUCGUAACUCUAAACAAAAUCGUAAUCUGUUUAUUAGCGCCCAGAAAUUCGAUUUUAUUAUACUUGCGAUUUAAUUGAGAUUUAUUUAA